AUGCAGCGGCAUCUUCUAAAUUUUGUUGAGAAGGCGUUCAUAGAAGAUGUAAUCCCAAUCCUUGUGGUAUCCUUUCACUGCCAGCUAAACCAGCUUCUCUCAAGUUGUGUUGAGAGAGUGGCAAGAUCAGAUCUAGACUGUACAUCUCUACAGAAAGAGCUCCCUCAUGAAGUUUUAAGUGAUGUAGAAUUGCUUCGCCUCAAAUCUCAGCAAGCGAUUGAAGUUGGUACACAGGAAGAGGACUCCGUAAAUGAAAAGAGUAUUAGGAGAAUCCACAAGGCCUUGGACUCUGACGAUGUUGAAUUGGUGAAGUUACUUCUAAGUGAAUCUGGUACAACCUUAGAUUUUUCUUAUGCUCUCCACUAUGCAGCUGCCUACUGUGAUCCGAAGGUUGUGAGUGAGGUGCUCAAUCUGGGUUUGGCUGAUAUUAAUCUUAAGAACCGCCGAGGAUACACUGUGCUUCAUGUGGCUGCUAGACGUAAGGACCCGUCAGUGAUAGUGGGGCUGCUGAACAAGGGAGCUUCCGUAUUAGAUACUACAUUGGAUGGACAAACAGCAGUCACAAUCUGUCGAAGAUUGACGAGGCCAAAGGAUUAUAAUGAGACAACGAAGCAGGGGCAGGAAACUAAUAAAGACCGUUUAUGCAUUGAUGUGUUGGAGCGAGAGAUGCGUAGGAAUCCUUUAGCUGGGAACAUUUCGAUAACAUCCACAGUGGUGGCUGAUGAUUUACUCAUGAUGCUGUAUCUCCUUGAAAAUAGAGUGGCAAUUGCCCGGAUGCUAUUUCCUAGAGAAGCCAGGCUGGCCAUGGAGAUAGCACAUGCUGAUUCAACUUCAGAGUUUGCUGGCCUUUCAGCAUCAAAAGGCUCAUGUGGGAAAUUGAGGGAGGUUGAUUUGAAUGAAAUACCAGCUGAACAGGCCAAAAGAUUCCAGUCAAGAUUACAAGCCCUGCAAAAAACAGUGGAGACUGGCCGGCGUUUCUUCCCCAAUUGCUCAGAAGUUCUGGAUAAGUUUCUGGAGGAUGAUAUGCAUGACACUUUGUUCCUGGAAAAGGGCACUACAGAGGAACGCCGAAUCAAGAAGAUGCGCUACAUGGAACUUAAGGAAGAUGUGAUGAAGGCAUUUGAUAAAGACAAAGCUGAAAAUAAUUGGGCAGGUUUCACAUCAUCAUCCUCUUCCUCAUCUUCUCCAAAAGGGAGUGUAAAUAACAAGGUUAGGAAAAGAUAG